GAACGUAGCUUCUUUGCGAAUUUAUGUGUUUAUCAGAACUAAAUGCUUCAAUGGUUGCGAAAACAUGGGAACAAAGUGCUAAUUAGUGUGACGUACCUCCAUGGUGUUCAAAUAAGAUUGUAAAAAAUGAGAAAAUGUAUUGGUUUCGUUGAUUAAUUCCAUAGUACAAGGUGGAGUAUAAUGUUCCGGAGUCGCAGUUGGUUUGGGGGUGGUUGGGGAAGGCCCAAAAACCCUCAUUCUUUAGAGAGACUUAAAUAUUUACAUAACAUCCUAUCCAAGAAUACUACAGUGUCAGAAGGCAAUAGAAGCACAUUAGUGGAGUCUCUACGAUGUAUCGCCGAGAUCCUGAUUUGGGGAGACCAAAACGAUAGCUCUGUGUUUGAUUUCUUCCUAGAAAAGAACAUGCUCUCGUACUUCCUGAAGAUUAUGAGACAAAAAUGUGGAGGUUCCUCAUAUGUGUGUGUACAGCUGCUGCAGACCCUGAAUAUUCUUUUUGAGAACAUCAGAAAUGAAACUUCAUUGUAUUACCUUCUGAGCAAUAACCAUGUGAACUCAAUAAUAGUACACAAGUUUGACUUCUCUGAUGAAGAAGUGAUGGCCUACUACAUAUCCUUCCUUAAGACACUUAGUCUAAAACUGAACAACCAUACUAUACACUUCUUUUAUAAUGAGCACACAAAAGAUUUCCCUCUGUACACUGAGGCUAUAAAAUUCUUCAAUCAUCCAGAGUCUAUGGUGCGCAUAGCAGUUCGAACGCUUACGUUGAACGUGUACAGAGUUCAGGAUGCUAGUAUGUUGCGGUUUAUUAGAGACAGAACUGCUGCUCCAUACUUCAGCAAUCUAGUUUGGUUCAUAGGAAAACACAUACUGGAAUUGGACGCGUGUGUUAGAAACGACGCUGACCACCAAUCACAUCAGAAGUUAGAAUGUCUUGUAGCCGAACACCUAGAUCACUUACACUACAUUAACGACAUUCUGUGUCUAAACAUACCAGAUUUAAACGACGUAUUGACGGAGCAUCUAUUGCACAAACUACUAGUGCCUUUGUACAUUUACUCUUUGACUUCCGAAUCAGUGAAACGAUCCGUGACAUCAUCGCCGUACAACAAAGAUCAUAUUCAAAGUAUAGAGGCUAUAACAAGAAAUUUAGAAGCUAUAUUGAAAGGCAAGUCGACCGAUUCGCCAGUACUCGCAUACCAAAGACACAGAAUGGAAGAUGAGGAAUCUAAACCAUCCGUGUCAUGUGUAGUUAGUCUAUUUCUUCUAUCGCAAGUAUUCCUGAUAAUAACGCAUGGCCCCAUUAUUCACGGACUCGCGUGGAUACUUCUGCAAUCAGAUUUAUCAGUAUUUGAGGACGGAGCAACUAAAAUAUUAGAAAUGUACAUUAGCAAUGCAAAGUCCAAUGUGAAAUUGGAGUUCUCGAAACCACAAUUGAGUCUUGAGAAGGCGCUGGAAAACUCAUCAGGGUGCGAAAGGGACUAUACCACUCCAGAGUAUAGCGGAGCAAAAGCCUUUGGAUAUGAUACAGAUCAAUCGAGUUGUGAUUUAGAUCCUGAAUUAGUUUCAACAUCUCUACCGUCCACGUCUCAUAUAAGUGAUUCUUCGAGUAUUGCGAAUGACUCAACGGAAGAUUUGCUCACAGAUAUACAUUCGGCAAAGUCGAUUGUUACGAUAAAAGAAAACAUGCCUGACUCACCGCUGCCGGACUCUGGAGUAGAAUCAAGUUCGUCUAAACUAGAGCUAAACAUCACGGAUGAGGAAAAACAGAAGCUUUUAAGUGUAACAGCGAUUACGUCGAGCGAUAAAGAAAAAGUGACCUUAGAAUAUAUAUUAGAAACAGAAAACAAAGAAAUAGAAAAGAGGCCUUUUCUAAAGACCAUAUUUGAUUCUUUGGACUGUUUUGAGAAUGACUAUAAAGCAUUGUUCGCGCUUUGUUUACUAUUCGCUUUGAUUAACAAUAAAGUCGGAGUAAACACAGAACUUCUAGACACCCUUCUAUGCCCAGAAAUAGACGACAGCAUAAGAAAACGCAGUGUGUCAACUGGUAGUACCGCAAGCCAGGGGGACAGGGAAACAAAUGAAGAUCGGACUACAUCAUCCACGCCAUCUAUAAGAGGCUUGCAUAGUUUCAAUGCGCUGCUCAUAUCUAAACUGUUGGCUAUUGCUAACUUGAGUUGUAAACCUGCUUCAAAAGUCCGAUUGGUAACUCUUGAGUUGAGCGUGACUCUGGCACGCGUGGCCAUGCAAGGUGCGAGCGGCGUCGCUGGCGAUCGACACGUUGCGGCAGCCGACGCGUUGCGGCAGCGCGCUGCUGCCCUGGCUAGAAACUUCUACAAGUGUGACGACAUAUUCUUGGACAUGUUUGAGGAUGAGUACUGCGAGAUGAGCAAACGACCUCUGAACGUAGAAUGGUUGUGUAUGGACGCGGCCAUUCUUCUCCCACCUACACGGACGCCAAUGUCCGGAAUUGCAUUCGCCAAGCGUCUGCCCAGUGGAGAGGGGUUUUAUACUUCGCAGAUGGAGCGUGCCCGUCGCGCGAUAAGGACGUUCUUCCUCAUCCGAGACCUGUACUUGAAGCUAACGGGCAAGCCAGAGACGCAGCUUCCGCUAACCAAUCCUGCGCCAUUCGUGCAAGUUGGAGAUGUACUUGACCUUAAUGACUCCGAUCUCAUAUCGUGCGAUAUAAUCCAAAAGGACGGCACGUGGCAUCACCGUUUUUUAGCGGUAGAUAACAUUCAAAUUAUUCUCGUGGAACCCGACAAACAACGAUUGGGUUGGGGCGUUGCUAAGCUCGUUGGUAGUUUACAGGACUUAGAGAUCCAAGGCGACAAAGACGACCCUCGUUGCCUGCACCUGACAAUACACAAGCCGCGUGUGGGCGCGAGCGGUGCGCUGCCGCGCACGGUGCUGCUCAGGGCAAAGUUCAAGUUCGACGACCAUAUACGCAGCAUGGCAGCUAAACAACGCUUGACUAAGGGCCGUACUAAGUCCCGGCAAAAGAAAAUGCACCAGAUCGGUCGUCUACUAGAAGUGUCAGGCAUAACGGCGCCUGCGCUCGCCCCGCGACAUCGUCCACUUUUCGCCCGCCCUGGUUUGUCUGCUAUUAGACGAUCUUCAGGCGAAAGCGACGAUACAGACCGUCGUUUGCGCAGACCCAGUGGUCACAUGCUCAAAGACGGCAUUGUCGUGUACCGAGAACGGACCACCAGCCGAGAAAGCAGCGUCUCCCGCAGCAGCAGCACCCACGGAUCUCGUGAGGGAUCGCCGCGCUUACGCUCCGAAGAAAUACCUCUGGAGGACAUCAAACGAUUGAAUAAUGUUACUGCUACGCCGUCCACUGCUACCGUGCUGAGCCAACCAAGCACAUCGUCGCAAAAGAAACCACCCGUCAUCGUCAAAGAAAAAUCUGAAGAAACUUCGUUCAUAUCGGGCGAAUCGCGGCCGAAACGGAAGGGCGCCGUUGAGACUAUAUGAUAUUCGCUACGUUAUUAAUAUCAUAAUACUUUCACAUACAAAAUAAUCACACUUGAUGGUCAUUGAAUUCCUAAAACAAAACAGUCCAAACGCAAAGUUAGACGUGUCCGAUUUAGUCUUCAAUUAUUGCUGAAUUUUAAAUAAUGAUGUAGCGGUGCUAGAGUCGACUUUUGACGUCGCAGUUCAGUAUUGUCAAUACAAAAAAUUGCUUCUAGUUCUUCUACUGACAACACUAACAUGGAUAUUAAAUAAAAGUCGAUAAUAGUGAGGUCUAAAUACACAGAUAUACCUUUUAUGCCCUAAGGAAAAGACUGAUAUCAUUUAGCAUUAAACCGGGUCGGCUAUAUGAUCAUACCAGUGACGUCAUGCUAUGCUCUAGCGAGACAACCUGUGUAAUUACGGGCUUAGAAAUACUAGCGCCACCAUUUCAAUGUCCUAACUUCUAACUUAAGAAGUAGUUGUAUUAUACAAGCCAGAUAAUCACCGUUCCCGUCGAGGUAUAUAUAGAGCUUUUCUCAAUAAAUUCAAAGAAAUCAUGCAAAUGUUUACAAAAAUAACUUUCAAAUACCAACCGUACAGCUUUUUUAAAAAACUGCAUUUUAAAAAACAAACACGCAUUGCGCUGAAAGAACGAGCAGACCACUUUUUCUUUGGUCACUUCGAUGUUGUACGCAAUGACCAAAUAUUUAUAAGUUUAACGCAGCGGUAAAAAACAGAUUUCCUGGUCUACACUGGGAUGUAAUUUGUUUUUAAUUUUGUGGUAGGACAAAAAUCAGGCUCUGAGUUCAUUGUUCAAAAGAAAAGCGAACAUUUCUGAGCAUGUUUGAGAAAAAAUACUUUUCAUUAUACUAUUAUUUAUGUAGACACAUAUGGACAUUUAAAUUAUUCCUACAUGAAAUUUUACCUGUAACAUAACAUCUAUGGUACAUUUUUUGCGAAAAUGAAAGCGAGAACGGAUGACUAAUACUGGGCCUUGAUUAUUAUUGUCUAUUUAAUAUCAUCACUACACAUGUGUACCAUCGCACUAUAGUCCAUUUCACAUAGGAUGAGUCCAGUAACAUUUUCAAUUUUUGCGUAGCACGCAUACUAUUACCUAAUCUCUCAACCAGGUUACAAAAAGAAAUAGUAAAUUUGUCAUAAUGUACCAAAACCAAACAAUAUUACAUAAUUUUAAAUAAAAAAUAGAGUAUAUUAAGUGGAAAGAAAAUGAAAUGUUAAAGAUAAAUCGCCCCGAUAACUUGAUGCGUAAAACUGAAUAUUUUAUCCAUAGAGAUUUACACUAUAAAAUCGACAAAUCGAAUCGACUGUUUUGUAUUUCGCGUACCAGUGCGUACGUUUCGUUGCAGUUGAUUUUGUGCUUUUUUGCUGACUUUUUAAUUUAUUGUUGUUGAUUUUUUAUUUGUUAUGUAUUUUUUUGGUAAGUUAAUAACAUAAUAAUUGAAUCCUUUCUAUUUUGUUUAUUACUUGUUCUUCAAUUAUUUCCUGUAAAUCGGUUCUCUCUUCGUUACAAAUUAUCUCGAUAAGAUAUUUAAAUCUAUUUUUGUUCGUUAGAUUUUACAUCAUUGCAUCUCUAGAAACUUCAAAUUUCAAACGUCACUGGAAUCAUGCUAUGGGAAAUGAAUUAUAGUAGUAUGAAAACGUCUUAAUUGUGUCUUUGUGAGGCUAAGCGCGAAGCGCCGGUCACUAAAUCUCAUCCAAGCAACAAACGGAAAAAGGUAGCGGCGAGCGAUUCUUGUUCCGCAAAAAUUGAAUUUUUAAAAGUCUUGCAAGAGACUGUAAAAAAACUGUCUGAAACUAAGGAAUGGUAUAUAAUUGGGUAUGGCUAAAAUUAUAUAUAGAUAGAUAGAAUUAAAUAAAAUGUCUCAGACUUGGUGUAUUUUUAUAAAGAAAGGUUAUAAGGAUCUCUAAUUACGUCCUCUGUUUGUGAUAGGAAUACUUAGUAGUGACGUUGAUUUAUAUUUUGAAAUAAUGUAUUGAGGAGCCAAUUGUGUUGUGCGUUUUAGUCCAUUGACAUGCCAUAUAGAAAUAACUUCACUAAUGUUGAGCAUGGUCAUAAUAGGUGUAUUAUCUACUAAAGCGCAGUGUAGAAGAGUUGCAAUGGCGUGAAGAUAAUAAAAUAAUAAUAACAAAUAAUUUUUACAGUACAACGGUCAUUCU